GAGUCUCUGUUAAAUUAACUUGUGUGUUGAGUAAUCUAUACUACAAUCCUGUUUAUUCCUGAAAUAGCUAGUCGUCUGGAUAAGUGAAGUAGAUGCUUGGUUGGGUGGUGCAGGGACAGUCAUAGAAUAGUUUACCAUUAUUUUCCUUCUCUGAGGUACCUACCUACCUGUGAUUACACACUUCCUGCAACAAUAACAAAAGCAUCUAAAAUGGGGGAGGUUGUGAUCGGAGCAACCAAUGACAAUGCAGGAAUACAUUUUCCUGAAAGACACUGCAGCUCUGUACAGCCUCCUGAUACGUUACCUGGGCAAGCUCUAGCCAAGCAUCUCAUUGCCUUUCCAUUACCAACCAGAACUUAGGCUCAUUGUGUCCUCUAAGCUCAAACAGACAAGGUGGUCCUCUGUAGUUGGCUUUAUUCACAGACAAAGACAAUUAAGGAGCCAUGGCUGUUGCAAAUUUCCAAUACAUAACUCGGAUGAGCAGUGGUUUCAAAGUCUACAUCUUGGAAGGCAUCAGAAAGUCAGUCAGGCAAGGUGUGGUUUCCCCCCAGUCCCCCUCCACAGGCCUCCACUGUGACACUGCUAUCCAAAGGACAGAAGGGGAGGUCGUAGGUCAGCCCAACCAAAGAAGUGAAGAUAGAUUCAGGCAUAUGGCCAAUGAGAGAGUUCGAGUGCCCCAAGUGCAUCCGGUCAAGCGCAAGCACAGCUUUGAGUGUGGUCUAACAUUGGAAGAAAGGCGAGAAAGGGCACAAAGCAGGAGCAACAUGAGAAGGCCAACUGUGUUUAGUGUUCCCCAGAGUCCCACAUCCUCCUGGAGCCCAACCCCCAGCCCCACAGGUCAUUUGCCCUGCCAUGUGUAUCCCACACCACCUAUCGAUGAGCCACUGGACCUAAUUAAGAAACCAAGGAAAGAGCCUGAGAGAACAGAGGAGAAAACCAAAAGCACCGCAGCCAUCAAUCAGAUGCGUCCUUCUGUGAUCACCUGUGUGUCCUCCACAAGAAAGCCCACCUGCAGAUCUGAGGUCGGCAGCAGUAGCCACUCCUCCACAGUGUUAUCUAAGCACAGCUAUGACCAUGUUGUGGAGGAACAUUUCAAGAGAAGCCUGGGGAUGGACUACCAAAUGGCCAGCUCCCGCCAGCUCUCCAUCAGCGUCUCUGUGGAUGACCAUUUUGCCAAGGCCUUGGGAGAAAAGUGGUUUCAGAUCAAAUCGAAAUCCUCCUCAUGCUCCUCGUCUACAUCCUCUCCACCCAGCAGCCCCAGUUUCACUUACUCCCCCAGCUACGGCCACAGCCCAAACCAAGCUCCCAAAGAGUCUCCAAGUACCACCACUCCCACCUCCAGCUUCUGGUCAGUCAAAUAAAACUACAGACAGCUUUCCUGGAGAAAGAGUGAACUUUGAGACAUAGCAUUUAAUGCGAUACAGCGGCAGAUCCAUGCUUUUCAAGGAAUAAGAGCACCAAGGAGACAACGUUGGUGAAAGUGUAUACUGGAGAACAGGAAUGCAGGAAUACUAAGCCACUCUAUAUGGUUGAACCAUUGAGUGCAUCUCCACGAGUCUAUUCCCUGCCAGUGGAAGGGGGAGUUAUUUCAAUUUCAGGGGACAAGCAAAUGUUGCAGUGAUGUCUUUAUUUCUCAAUUUCUGUCCCAGCCUGUCCCAGCCUUUUCAAUAGCAUAUCUAUCUCUGAAUAGAUGGUGAUGUGGGAUGAUAGUUGGAGAAAAGAAAUGUGCCAUUAUAUUUCAUUAAAUGUGCCAUAUUUCAUUUCAUUUGGUGAUGAUGCCACUACUUUCGUGAUACUGUAUUUAUACUAUGUUUUUUAACUAACCUGGAUCUUAUUUUCUGUCUAAUAAAUUAUCUACUGUAUAUAGUGCUAACAAAUUCACAAAAUCUGUUCAACACAGUAACUUCAUGUUUUUGUAUAAACUAUGGACAACUCAAAAGGAAAAACCUAUUUGUGUUGGGAUAUUGCAAGUUAUUCCAUUAGCUUUAUGAAUUCAAACUUAAGCCAACCUUAUUAUUGUAUAAAAAAUAAACCUGGAAAUUUCAGAAAGAAAA